AGAAUGGGAGAGGAACCGCAACCCUCACACUCGUUCGAAGCCCUGGUUACUCAUAUCAUUGAUAUCGACAAAUUCUGGGUACAGCCGUUAUAUAACAACGAGGAUAGAAAGAAAUUAGCUGUUAUAGAAAGUGCGCUAGGAAGCAGUGCUAAACCAAUCUCAGGGACUGGUAAAACCCCUAAAUCUGAUGAUUAUGUCAGCGUCAAACUAAACGAACGAGGUUGGAAGAGAGCCCGUCUGAAGCAGGAUAUCCACCAUUCCCUGGCUUAUAUCCAGCUGAUAGACUACGGUAGUGAUGAACAAGUCCCUGAAUCUGCCCUCUACUCGCUCCCUUACGAGCUAGGUAUAGAAGUACUGCAGGAGCAGUCCAUGAUGUGCGCUAUGGCAGGAGUAAAAGCUCUGCCGAACAGAUCCCCACACUCCGUACAGUAUUUCAGAGAGAUCCUGGUAAACAGGAAGGUGACAGUAAAGGCUUACUCCAUCUCCCCGGUUACUAGUGAUUUGUGGGUGGAUCUAGUGACGCCUGAGUUACACAGUGUCCGACAGAAUAUACUUCUACAUCAGCUGGGUACACCCACCAUCAUCCCUUCCGCUCCCAACACCAAAGACCCGGGAACUAUCCAACCUAAGCUGGGUGAAAGGAACGCUGUUAUUGUCAGUCACAUCAGUGAUCUGACUGAUUUCUACGUUCAGUACCGCGCUACAGAGAAGAAUAUCGGCAGUAUGAUGACCGCAAUAAAGAGCAUGUACUCCGCAAACGUGCCCAGCCCUGCUCAAAUGAUCAAUAUCGGAAUGUUGUGCUGUGUACAGCUGGGAUCUGACUGGUUCAGAGCUGAAAUCAAACAAGUCCUUUCCAAUGGCUACAUUCUGGUGAUCCUAAAAGAUUUCGGUAACGUACAACUGGUAACAGCUAAAGCGAUCUACCCACUCGAAGGUUCCCUGAUCACCACUCCCUUCUGGGCUGUGAGGUGUGGACUAAACAACAUUGCUCCCACAACUCCUACUGCUAUCGGCAACUUCCCUCGUCAACUAACUCAGUGGUUCCACAAGUACGCAACAGACUCCAACGCUUACCACAUGGCACACUUUAUCAGACAUGCUGAUGAGAGGUUCUACAUUGAACUACAGGACGAACAGGGCGGAGGUGAGACAAAACCUACAACCACGGAGCUCUUGAUAACGAACAAGUGUGCUAAAAGAGUGACAGACAACUUCCCAGCGUACGGUGGCAUGCAGGCUCAACUCAACCAGAUGGGGUCCGACAUGAUGAGUAGUCUGAACCAAAACAACCCCCAACAGUACGCCUCCGUAGCUAACUCAGGUGGACUGAAUGGUAGUUCAGGUCUAAACGGCCACUCAGCAGCCCACGGUGGCGGUAUGACGUCACAUGCUCCCGGUAUGACGUCACAUGCUACUGGAAUGACGUCACAGGCUACUGCUGCUGGUUAUGGAGCUAGUAACUAUCCUAGCAGCAUGGCCAGUCUCGCUGCUGCGAAUCCUAGUUUCAUGACGUCAGCUGCGAGCUACAUGAGUGCUAUCCAGUCUGGUCAACAACCGGGCUACCCUGCUCAAGCUCAACAACAACCACAGCAACCGCAACAAGCAGGUGGUGUUAGCAGCUAUCCAGCACAACAACCAGUAGGCCACUACCCAGUAGCCGCUCAACAGCCCCAGCAAGCUGUUGCUAGAGCUCCUCGCUCCAGGGGAGAGUCUAAGAUCCCUAGUGAUGCUUUUGAGGGACAAUAUCCCGCUCCUCAGCUUACUAGGAUGGAAGAAGUAACAGUGGAAAUAACAACAGACCCCAGAAACUUUGUGUGUCUUCUUAAGAAGUACUUUGACCAAGUAGACGGUGCAAAUAGUAAACUCAUGGAGGCUUACAACAGUGGCAAGGACUAUUCUAUUCCCUCUGCUAAAGUCAGAAGAGGAAUGGCUUGUGUAGCCCCUUACGAGGACGUGGGAGUGGAACAGUUCUACCGGGCCAAGAUAAUUAACAUAGACCGGAACGAUGCCGAGGUGCUCUUCAUAGACUACGGCAACAUCAACUUAGUCCCGCUUGCUGGACUCAAAUAUUUGCCUCAGGCAUGUGCUGUGGUCCCCGAGUCUUACAUUAGAUGUGAGUUUGAUAACGUAUCUCCUACUGAGGGUGAAACAUGGAGUGAGGGGUCUCUCAGAGCUUUCGAGGAUUACCUUGCGAUGGGAGACUUUGUAGCCGUGUUCAAAGGAAAGAACAAAACUGGAGAUCGUUACAAAGUGGAACUGUACUCAGUAGAACCUGGUAGCACUAACUUCCUCGAAAAUCCUGUCAGUGCGGAGUUAGAAAGAAGAGGAGUGCUGAAGAGAGGAGCUGAGCAGGCUGUAUCAUCUGCCUCAAACAGAGGUCGACGUGCUCACUCUUCCAGAGAACCCGAAGUAUCGAGACAGAGCAGUAAAGAAAUAGAGCAGAAAGGACGACGGGAUGAGUCAGAACGGGGCACUCGCAGCAGAGGACGAGACCUAACGGAGCGCGGGUCCUCCCCCUCCAGCAGUUCUGCUAAUUCUGAAUUAGUGAGAGCGGGAUUCAAACCACCAACUAUCUCGUAAGAAAAGGUAUACGAUUUAAGAAUGUCCACCAGCCCAACACGCCCAGCAAGUUCUCUUGUCAAAUACUGACGAAAAGAGAAGAGCUGGAGGAACUAACUGACCGGAUGAUGCAGGUGUACGAGAGAGGAGACGAAGAGGAUUACAUGGAGGACGAACACAUUCUUCCUUACGCGCCUUGUGCGGUGCUGCUGGAAACGUCCUGGCAGAGAGGUUACAUCCUGUCCUCGUCCUGUCACGGUUGCCAGGUGGUGAUGAUGGACACCAAGGAGGUCAGAUCUGUAGACCCUGACCAGCUCAGGUUCCUCCGGGAACAGUUCAUGAAACUACCAGCUCAGGGUGUGAAAUGUACCCUGGAUGCCAUCAACUGUAAAUCCAACAAUUGGAACAGUGAAUCAUGUCGUACUUUAAAGAGCUGGUGUCGGAGAACGAGUUUAUCGCUGAGUUCAGAUCAGAUAGAGGGGGGUCCUGGAAGAUAAUGCUCCACAGCAAUGUGAGCGGAGCAGAUCAGCUGGUGAACGCUAUGUUGUAGUGAAAGGGUGGGCUUCCUCCACUGACCAGACUGUCCGUGAAGCUGUCGACGACCUCAACGCUGCCAAGACUAGUCCAUUCCAGAUGUACCAAGUUGCUAUUGGUUCCUCAGUCUCUGUGUCACCGUGUCACGUGGAAGGACCUGAAGAGUUUUACGUACAACUGCUUGACUCCCAACAACCUAUAGAGGAGGUGCUCUGUGAUCUAUACUAUUAUCGAAGACGGAUAGCCUUGCGAACGUGCUGAAUCUUGAUAACUACUAAGCAGCACUUUCUGGGUCACGACAUGAGAAAGAGUAUUAUUAAGCCUGGUACAGGGGUAAGAUAGUGUCUGUAGCCAGGACUGGGUGCGAGGUGUUCUUUGUGGACUACGGUAACACUGAUGUCAUUGAAACUGUGCUAAUACAGGGACUAACCAAGAAGUUCAUGCAACAACCCAUGUAUGCUAUUAGAUGUAAACUGGACGGAAUAGAUCCCAACUUGAUGGAACAGAUGUCUGAAAUAAUCACUGACCUGGUUAACCCUGGAAACUGACAAGUAACUAUGUUCCACACGCAAACCCUUCAUCAAACAAAAAGAAUGGCUCCUGGUAUCGUUUAUACAAAGGUACAGUGCCCCCUCUACAG